AUACAUAUAUGGUAGAUGGGUGGGGACGUUGGGUAGUAGGUAGGGUGUUAUGAUUGAGUAUGUGACUGGUCAUACCCCCAGGUGUGUCAGAAUGAAACUACUACCUGGAUACUUUACACCUGUAGUCUCAGUCCGUACCAUAAUAUACUAGUGAUAGCAGUGUAAUACAGGCCAAAACAGUGUGGGACUUACCUGUCCAUCAGAUAAUAUGGAUCAUAUAUACUUUGGUCGUGUGUAGUGAAUGUAUAAUUGAUGUAGAAAGGAUUACUGCUCUAUCUGCUGUUAAGACACAGGACUAUAGACUAUAGGGAUAUAAUAUUAUAAACGAUGGAUGAAAAGUUUGUACUUCCUAGUACACUCUGUGUCACAUGUGCUGUAGACAUCAGUGUGGCAUAUUGCAUGUUUUUGUUACAUGCUCAGAUUUUUGCCAUCCAGAUAAAGUGUUUCCAUGAGAUUAUUACCAUUGGCUAUGUGGUGUAUAAGUCGUUUGACCUUCCCUGGUUCCGUACCCUCAGUUGGUACUUCUUGCUUGUGUCUAACUAUUUCUUCUACGGAGAAAGCCUCAUCGACUACUUUGGGGUGCUGCUUCAUAGAGCGGAGUUCAUGCGUCCCUUUGUGACUUUUCAUCGGUUCAUAUCCUUUUCCCUCUACAUAGCCGGCUUUGUAGCUUUUGUCUGCAGUCUAGUCAAGAAACAUUACCUGAAACAAUUCACAUUGUUUGGAUGGACACAUGUGACCCUCCUCAUAGUUGUGACUCAGUCUCACCUCAUCAUGCAGAACAUCUUUGAGGGACUUGUCUGGCUUCUUGUCCCGGUGUCCAUGAUCAUCUGUAACGACAUCAUGGCUUAUAUGUUUGGAUUUUUCUUCGGUAAAACACCACUGAUCAAACUGUCUCCUAAAAAGACGUGGGAAGGUUUUAUAGGAGGAGCGGUGUCGACAGUAUUCUUUGGAAUUGGACUGUCCUAUUUCCUGGUGCAAUUUGACUCUAUGGUAUGCCCAAUUUCCUAUGACGAAGUCAAAAACAGUAUGUCGAUGGAAUGUGAGCGCCACCCAGUGUUCGUCUUGUCGGAGUUUGGUAUUCCUGCCACCAUACAGACGUUCCUGUCCGUUUUUGGCUUUCCACAGACAACAAUUAAGAUCUACCCCUUCCUCCUCCAUUCAAUUUCGUUGUCUCUGUUUGCAUCCGUCAUUGGACCAUUCGGUGGAUUCUUUGCCAGCGGAUUUAAGAGAGCUUUUAAAAUCAAAGAUUUCGGCGACACCAUUCCCGGACAUGGCGGUAUCAUGGAUAGAUUUGAUUGUCAGUUCCUAAUGGCCACCUUUGUACACGUCUAUUACACAAGCUUUAUCAGAGCACCUAAUCCUCAGAAGAUCAUACAGAAUGUUCUCUUACUGAGCUCAGAAGAACAAGUACAAGUCUUCCACAUGCUGCGUGACAAACUCCUCGCUCGCGGCCUGUUAUCACUGCAAAAUGUAACUAUGCCAUCUUAGCAGGGGCAUUUACAUCUGUUAGGAAUUUUAUUUGAAUUUUUAAUUUAUUACACGUUUUUAACAGACAAAUAGAAAUGCAAUAUCUUGUGUGGGAAAUAUUUUAUGAAUAAUAUUAGUUUUCCUUUUUCAAAUUUUAUUUCUGUUGCAUGAGUGUCGAGAGAAAGCAGUCGACUGAACCUGGUAUCAAGUUAUCUGUCUAUGGUUGAAACUUGUCAUAAAUAUUUAAACAAGCAUGUUAUUGUGUUCUCAAUUCUAUCAUCCUUUGUUAAGAUUUCUUUUUACUCUAUUGUGACAAUAGAAUGACACCUCGUUGAUCUGAUCUUUGAUUCUGUUUACACUUUUACUGGUGUAGGAAUAUGUGAGGAUUACUUAUAGAAAAUACUUUCUAAUAUUAAUACAAUUCUGUAUUCCUUACAAUUCUUGUUUUUUUUUUUUGUAUGAGGUUUCACAGUAUAUAGUUUGAAAGUCGGUUAGAUGUGAGAAGGAAUGUGAUAUACAUAUGUAUUCUUUAUGUUAAGGACAUGUUGAUUAUAUAUAUAUAUAUGUAAUUAUAUAUUAUUUGUCAGUUACAAUUUAAUCCUUUGUUACCCUCUGUAUGGAUCACUACACAGAUAGAUGGCGAUCAUUUAAUGAAAUUGGAACUUGGAAUAAUAAUUUUGAUCAUGACACUUACCAUAGAGAAGGUAUCAGAAAUUAUGUUGUACAUGUAUUUGCAAAAAGUUCUGAAAUGAAAUCUAUUUUGAAUUUUAUUUACAGAUAUUCUAAGAUCAUUUUAGUCUCUGGCAUAAAAAUCAGGCCACAAUCAUUAAUUUAUUUCAAAUGUUAUAGAUGUUGUCUUUAAAAGCACAAUGCAGGGUUUCUGGCAUCUAGAUUUUACUUUAAUGAUUGAAUACAAGUGAUUUCCUGGUGUUUGUAUGGGAUUUACUGUAGAUUGAAUACAAGUGAUUUCCUGGUGUGUGUAUGGGAUUUACUGUAGAUUGAAUACAAGUGAUUUCCCAGGUGUGUGUGUGGGAUUUACUGUAGAUUGAAUACAAGUGAUUUCCUGGUGUGUGUGUGGGAUUUACUGUAGAUUGAAUACAAGUGAUUUCCCAGGUGUGUGAGAGAGAUUUACUGUAGACAGAGGUAUGGGGUGCCUGGUCCAGGUUAUUAUGGUGAUAUAUUAUGGGAACUCAUAUCGAUAUUGGUGCACUACAUCUUUACGUGUUAUGUGUGGUUGUCACGUGUGACUUUUUUUUGUCGGUGUCUGUCCUCUACAUAGCUAAAGCACUUUUGUACUGUUUCCAUUAGCAAGUUUCUGCGAGAUGUUACUAAGACAUGUAUAUCACUUACAUUUCGUUUCAAAGUUUCACCUUUCCUGUGUUCUGUAUCUGAAAAAUUACACAAGUUAUAUAGACGUACCUCUGCAAUUGGUAACCCGUUUCAGGUAUAAGAUCGAGACUUAUUGACUAUUAAGAGCAGUGCAGGAAUUUUUAACCCUUGCAAUUUGUUCUAUGAACAAAUCACAAAAUUUCAACUCUACAAAUUGAAAGUGUUCUGCAUUAAAUAUUUUCUUGUCAUCAUCAUAAUGUAAGGGUAUGGGCAUGUCAGCUACAUAGUCCAACAGCUAGCUUUUGUGGUUGGGCGGUCGUGUGUCGUGUCUAUGUACUGAAGCAGUGUCAAGUGGGGUCAGUUCUGGGAUGAGCGACUGCUUUGUUGUACCCCCGGUGCAAAUUGCAAUACUAAGUUCAUGUGUCUGCAUGUAUAAAUAAUUUCAUGUAUGUUGGAAAUACAUACUUAUAUGCUUAUUUAUAUAUACAUUGUGUAGAUACUGAUAUACAUGUACAACAAUGUAUAUUCAUGUACUAACAGUCUAGGACUAACAUCUAAUAUUUGAAUACCUCAUGCUCCUCAAACUACUGACACGGUCCCUAGGAGUUUGAGUUGGUGGGGUUUUACUGUAUAUAUAAAUAUUCCUGUAUACAUAUUGAUUGACGAUUUGUCGUUCCUGGUCUGGACGGUGCCAAAAAUAGAACAAAGUAAUUGACUUAUAAUGAUGUACAUGUGUAUAUAAACACCUGUUCAGGUAUGCAUAUUAAUUAAGCUAUUGAAUUAUGAAAAAAUUGAGAAACAAUAAACUGUCGUUUUGUUAAGUGUGUUAGUGUAUGAAUGACUUUUAUGAUGAGAAAUAACAGAGAAUUUGUGGUCAGACUGAAUGAGAUGGACAUGUAAAGGUACCGGUACUCUGAAUAUGGACUGAAUGAGAUGGAUGUGUACAGAGUAAAAGGUACUCUGAAUAUGGACAGGAUCCAUCUUGUGUUUACAAGAGGAUGAUAUGUCCUUUAUCAUCACUGUUAAACAUUACUAUUGUCAAUUUAAGAUCAAUGUAUAAAUAUUUAUCACUUGCGUCCAGCAUCAA